AAUUUAUAAGAAAAUCAAAAUUCAUAUAAUACCUUGAAAUUAUCAUUACGAAGAUCGAGAGUAUUAUCGUGAACAAAGGGAUGGGGCGUGUGGAUUAUCUGGCGAUGAAGACAGACGUGGAUACGGCUGCUUUAGUCAAUUCCGACGUGGAGGAGCUCAAGAUCGCUGCCAAGAAACUCCUCACCGACGUUUCUAACCUCGGUGGUUUAGCCUUUGGCGUCUCUUUCGUCAAAUGGAUCGCUUCUUUCUCCGCCAUUUACUUGUUGAUAUUGGAUCGUACCAAUUGGAGAACCAAGAUGCUUACUUCACUCUUGAUUCCAUACAUCUUCCUCACCCUUCCUGGUGUGAUCUUUAACUUCCUCAGUGGAGACGUUGGGAAAUGGAUAGCUUUCGUUGCUGUUGUACUCAGACUUUUCUUCCCUAAGCAUUUCCCAGAUUGGCUUGAGAUGCCUGGUUCUCUGAUCCUUCUGCUGGUAGUCUCUCCAAACUUCCUUGUUCACCAUAUACGCGGAGGCUGGAUCGGCUCUGUCAUCAGCCUUUUCAUUGGUUGUUACCUUCUUCAAGAACAUAUCCGAGUGUCGGGUGGGUUCAGGAACUCGUUCACGCAGCCCCGUGGAGUUUCAAACACUUUGGGGAUCAUCCUUCUUCUUGUCUACCCUGUUUGGGCUCUAAUCAUCCGUGUCUCAUAAUAAUUACAACCAUUCCUCUUCCUGUCUCCAAAGUUAUGUGUUACUUACUCGGCAUGUCAAAUAAGCGUUAGCAAGAACCUCGCAGAUCUUUGGCGUUCCUUUGUUCUUGCUUCUGUUACAUACCCAAAUAUUCGUGCAUGAAGCUCAAUCAAUGUUAUAUUGUUUCACAUAAAUAAAAGAAUCUCAUUUUUUUCAACUAUUUGUUUGUCGCGUUGUAAUAAGACGGAAUUUUUAUGUGUAAAAAUUGCUUGUAAGGAUUAUGUUUCGUGUA